GGAGCGGCUCACGUGUUUGGCCGCCGUGCCCGCUCCUACUUCGGUAGAGACAGCGCGCUUCGGCUACGCUGCGGAUCCUGCAGGCUCGGAGCUUCGGUAACCAGUUCGGCGCCAUGGCGUCCCAGGGUCGUCGGCGAAGGCCGCCGCGGAGGCCCGAGACGGUGGUGCCCGGGGAGGCGGCCGAGACGGACUCGGAGCUCUCUGCGUCCUCGUCGGAGGAGGAGCUGUACCUGGGCCCCUUGGGCCCGACGCGCGGCCGCCCCACGGGACUGCGGGUGGCCGGGGAAGCCGCGGAAACCGACUCGGACUCGGAGCCGGAGCCGACCGCCGCGCCGGGGGACCUGCCUGCGCUGGUGGUGCAGCGGGAUACGGCCGGGGAGGCUUGGGGCGCGGAGGAGACCCCAGCGCCGGCCCCUGCGCGUUCGCUGCUGCAGCUUCGGCUGGCCGAGAGCCAGGCGCGGCUGGAUCACGACGUGGCGGCCGCGGUGAGCGGCGUGUACCGUCGCGCUGGUCGCGACGUGGCCGCCCUGGCCAGUAGGCUCGCGGCCGCCCAGGCGGCAGGGUUGGCUGCGGCCCACAGCGUGCGCCUGGCUCGGGGAGACCUCUGCGCGCUGGCCGAGCGGCUGGACAUCGUGGCCGGCUGCCGCCUGCUGCCCGACAUCCGCGGCGUUCCGGGGACCGAACCUGAGCAAGACCCGGGACAGAGGGCCUAGCAGGAAGCCACUACCCGCCUGACACUGCGCCCUGGGGGUAGUCCUCAAGGCCUCUGGGACCUGGUCCUGUACCAUGUGUAGCUCCCCUGCGCAUCUUGCUGUCACCCUCCGGGCAAGCCUCGCCCCCUGGAUAAUGCCGCGUGGUGGGGGGUACGGGAUGGGAGUGGUAAUAUUGUGCGGUUCUACCCUGACUUUAGCAUCUGGUUCCAACCCCCAGCCCUUGGCCCUGUCUGUUCCCUGGUUCCAAGCCUGUCCCUGAGGCUUGGCUCCAGCCCCUGGUAACCAGUAGUUCUUGAUCUUUCUGCGUCGUGGGGUCUCACCUUUCUUUGUGCUCUGCCUUUCUUGACUUUGGGUUCUGCUCAGGGGCCGGUUCUUGCUUCCUGCAGGAGCCCCAGAAUCUGGUGCAUCCUCCUUCACUCCCUUGGCUCUGCCUCUGGUCCUAGCCGCAACUCUGAAAUUUUGAACCCCCCUACCC